AAACCAAAAACACUUAUUUGUUACAUAUGCGGUCGAGAAUUUGGAACAUCUUCAUUAGCUAUUCACGAACCUCAAUGUUUAAAGAAAUGGGAAAUUGAAAAUAGUAAAUUGCCUAAAAAGUUACGUAGACCCUCACCUGUUAAACCAACACUAGAGUCUAACAAUGAUGGAAUCACCCAUCAACAUUCGGAAAUGAAUCGUUUAGCUUAUAAAUCUGCGAUGGAUCAAUUACUCCCUUGUCAGAAUUGUGGAAGGACGUUUUUACCGGAUAGACUACCAGUUCAUUUACGCAGUUGUAAACCUUCGCCGACUAAA